AUGAAGAUCUUUAUUAUCUCAGCUCUACUCAUCGCUGCAGCGUACGGUAGACCCGGUGCCACAAACAUCGAUGUAACUCAAGACACUUCAGGAAGUUACAAGUACUUAAUCGACUCAGAUAUCUUCAAAAGAGAGGAAGAACGACUUGCUGAUGGUUCAGUCACUGGAUUCUACUCUUACGUAGAUGCCAACGGUAUGCUUAUCAUGUACAAAUAUGUAUCUGGACCGGAAGGAUUCAAAAUCAUCGACGGACCAGUCCCAGUGGCCCCUGUAGCUGUGGUACCAGCAGAAGAAGCUCCAAGUGUACCGGCUCCAGUUGUACCAGCUCCAGCUGUUUCUCCAGCCGUCCAAUACGCUCCCCCACAGAUAUACAAAGAAGCUGCUCCAGUUCCCCAGUCCAACAGCAUCCCAUCUACAUUGAACACUCCAGUUGUUCCAGCUCCAGCUGUUUCUCAAGCCGUCCAAUACGCUCCCCCACAGAUAUACAAAGUAGCUGCUCCAGUUCCCCAGUCCAACAGCAUCCCAUCUGCAUUAUCAGUGGCUUCUAACUCAGCUUCAGUCGAUUUCAGAAGCCCGGUUACUGACACCCCAGAGGUUCAAGCCGCCAAAGAGGCUCACUUUGCCGCCCACGCUGCAGCUCAACAUUUCUAA